GCUCUGCCCUGUCUUUGCUAGUUGCCAUGAUCACCACCAGCUACUCACAGAAGUUCUCACAUAAAGGAGGGGAACUGAUGAACGCUGCUCUUGUUUCCUAGGGAAUAUCUUUCAGCAAGUGGACAGCACUAAAGAAAAUCCCGAUGGUAUGGUACUAUUUCGAACUGAAUGAGUGACUCAGCCAAUGCUUCGUGACUUUGUCUGUACUACUGAUGCUCUACCGAUGAAGCUCAUUUCAUGUGAAGUUUAACCUGGAUUGCUGGUCAGCUAUUGCGGAGAGAAGAAAUAUUUAAUAGCAUUAUUAUAUUUCAUAAAACAUCAUUUGAAGCUGUUAUUUGAGUGCAGAGAUUAUUCAGGAGAUUUGCAUUCUAUAAGCACACUGAAAAAGAAAUCUCAGUAAUGCCAGGCAGAAACAUUCUCAUUGUGUAUGCUCACCAGGAGCCAAAAUCAAUGAAUGGAUCUCUAAAGGAUAUUGCAGUAGAUGUCCUGAGAAAGCAGGGAUAUAGUGUUACAGUCUCUGAUUUGUACACUAUGAAAUUUAUUGCAUCGGCAACCAGAAAUGACAUCACAGGAGACCUGUGCAAUCCUCAACACUUUAGCUAUGGAAUAGAAACCAAGGAAGCAUUCAAGAAAGGUUAUUUAUGUGAGGACAUUCUUGAGGAGCAGAGAAAGGUUCAUAAAGCUGACUUGGUCAUCUUUCAGUUUCCUUUGUACUGGUUCAGCUUUCCUGCUAUCAUGAAGGGCUGGAUAGAUCGCGUCUUUGUACAAGGGUUUGCCUUUGACUUCCCAGGCUGCUAUGAUACUGGACUCUUGAAGGAUAAAAAGGCACUUCUCUCCUUUACAACCGGAGGAACAGAAGAGAUGUUUAGCAAAGAAGGAGCAAGUGGAGAUGUCCGGUAUAUUCUCUGGCCUAUGCAACAUGGCAUCAUGCACUUCUGUGGAUUUCAAGUUCUUGCCCCUCAGAUAUCUUAUGCACCAGAAUAUGUGACAGAAGCAAAAAGGAAAGAAAUACUAAUGAACUGGGCUCAAAGACUGGAGAACAUCUGGGAGGAAUCUCCUAUAGACUGUACCCCACCUUGGUAUUUCCGUUAGAUUUGAGAUCUUCUCUGAGAUGGAAGAAUAUCUGCCAUACAAAUAAUUUGCUUAUUUUUCUAAACCAAUGACUUGCUCACAUCACUGCAGCUAUUGACAAAUCCUGGUUGCUCAUGUUAU